UUUUGAAUAAAUUAUCCAGAAAAAAAUAAAGCCAUCUAUUUAUUCAUAUUUGGGAUUUCAUUACUGAUCUGAUAUCAUCAUAACAAUCAGAUCAAAAAUCGUAGAAAUGUGUUAUUUCUUGUGUCUGCUUUCUAUCCUAACAUCACUUUUAUAUCCUGUGAGUUUAUCUCAAGGACAUCUCGUGCAUCAAAGAAAUGCUAAGUUGAUAUAUAAAAACAGAAAAGUCAAAGCAAUAAUAGAGUCGAAAUCAGCAUCAAGUUUGCUGCAUUGCACGCAUUUUUGUGCAAGAAAUGAAAAUUGCAUGGGAAUAAACUUUAAUCAGGAUUCAAAUGAAUGUCAAUUGAUUUCAAAAGGAACAGAUGUUGAGAACAAUCUUCUAGCAGGAAACCUAUGGUCCGUAUAUUUGUUAAAACAGGUGACCUGCAAAUCAAGGAAAUGUUUAAACAGUGGAACUUGUACGGUAGUAAAUGGAGACGAUUUCAAAUGUGACUGUAGACACUCAACCUUCGGCAAAACGUGUGAAAGAAGUACUAAAUUCGAACUGGAUUUAUCCAACCUUGGUGCUUACAUUGAUAUGCCAGUAGACUUUGGAAAUCUUACUGCAUUUACUUUUUGUCUGGCAUUCACUGUACCAGAAAAAUGGGAAAAGCUAAGUACGGUAAUGUAUUAUGCCCUCAGCAAGAACAAGUGCGACGUUAUGGCAUUAUUUCUCGAGAAGAAACAUAUCUACAUUGACAUCUUUUCCAACCGUUAUGCUUUGACCUACCAUCCUUCAAGUAAACAAACUAUAUGCAUGUCGUGGAAAAAUACAGAUGGACGCGUCGACAUUUAUUACCAGGGCAUAUUCCAAAUAAGUGCAUAUGCAAAUAUUUUGGGCUCUCUUCCUAGCCCGGGUAGGUUGUCAUUUGGUAAGUAUUACGUAAAGGGGGAAUGUGCCCCUAAAAAAAGUCAAAGCAAGUAUCGUGGAAAGAUCCUCUUCUUUAGUAUGCAUGAAAGAGCUUUUUCAGAUCAAGAGUUAAAGGUUUAUGGUAAUCGUUUUCUGGAAGAUAAGUCGAGUGUUGUUGUAACAUGGAAUCAAAUUGCAGAUAAGUCAUUUCAUCAUGACGGCGUUGUUGUAACAUGGAAUCAAAUUGCAGAUAAGUCAUUUCAUCAUGACGGCGUUGUUGUAAUAAAUUAACCCUACAUCGGUUUUGGGAAAUUGGAAUGCAUGCGAUUGCCUUAUUUACAUACAGUCACAACAUGUAACACAUUUGUUCGUUAGAAAGAGAUGAAUGUGAGGCAAUACUGA